AGCGCUGCCAUGUUGGUGCUUCGCUAGUUAGCAACUUAGCACAGCUGCAACGGGACCGAGCAGCCGCGCUUGUUGAUUCCGUCGUUGCGCCACUCAGUCAAAUCCUGGAUUUCGCCUCAUAGAAAUGUCGAAUUUAUAAACAUAUUUCCAAAUGUUAGCCCCAGUUGUGUAGUCACAUUCCUCAAACGGAAAGCGCUCUUGCACAAUGUCGGCCAAUGACGAGGGUUGUUUCUUUGAUGAAUAUGACAAGCCUGGAACAGAGCGUUCACGAAGGAGGAGGGGCGAAGAUAAUGAUUUAGAGAGCGACUUGGAGGACGAUUUGUUUGAAGAAUUUUCACCGUUGGGUAAGAAGAAUCUUUCUGAAGAUGACGAAGAGUUGAACGACGCGCUUCUUCAGAGUGACGAGGAGGAAGAACACGAGAGCUUUAGCCUGCAAGGGAUCACGCAGGACUUCCCGGACGACACUUUCAACCCGGGUGCCAACUACUACGAGAAUGUGGACACCGAGCCGGAUUACCCACAGAACCAGGCUGACGAGUUAUAUACUGAGAACUACACUCGGGAUGACGUGCCCGAAGACCAAGUGGAUUACACUACAGACGAAGUGCUGGACAUCCAAAUCAAUGAGCCCAUCGACGGAGAAUUUCAAGACAAUGAAUAUCAAACCUAUGAGGAGGGAGGAGGAUUCGAGCAGGAAGUGGCCCCCGAGGAGGAGAAUUUGGGGGAUGAACAGGAGGAAGCGGCGGAAGUCUCUCAGGUCUUUCAAAAGCAAACGGUUGAAAAUGAAGUCCUCCCUGAAGAAUUACCAAAGGAGGAAUCUGAUGACGACGAGGAAGAAGAUGGAGACUCUGGUCGUAUCCGCUUCAAGUCGGAGAGAAAGGAUGCCGUUAUCGUGCGCUUGGCUGACGCGGGCAACAAGCGAAGGAACAUCCCGGAAACACUCGAACUGUCAGAGAAGGCCAAAAAGGAUCUCGAACUUGAGCAACAAGAACGGCAGAAACGGCAAAAUCGGUACGGUGGCCGAGGAGGAAGAGGAGGAGGCUACGCUGGGUUUGGACUGUCCAACAUGAGAGGGGGCCACCGAGGAAGAAUGAAUGACCACAGCUUCCACCUGAGGGGCAACAUGGGAUUGCGGCAGUCCUCUCGAAUGCCUCUCCUUCAUCUUCCCCAUCAGCAACCGCAGCAGCACCACCACCACCACCAGUUUUUGUCCCGGCCGCGGGGACCCCACCCCUUCCCAGAGCACGGCCGGCCGCACGGACAGCAGCCCCUGCAGCCCCUCAUCACGCCGCACAUCACCCACCGCUCGCCGCCGCGGCAGCCCCAGAUGGAGCCGCCGCCGCCGCCGCGACUGAUGGGGUCCCCGCCGGCCGCUUUCGGCCAUCCCCACAACCAACAGCAGCAGCACCACCACCACCACCACAAUCAGCAGCCCCCACAACCCAAAAACAUCCACAUUAAUCCCCAUUUCAGAGGCUCAGGACCAUCCUCUGUGCCAGUGCCCUUGAUGCCUCCUGCUCCGAGCCAGCCUCGGCCUGCUGUGGGCCCUCAAAGGUUCCCUGGACCGGGAGACUUCCAUCAGCACAUGCCGAAUAAUUUUGGUCAGCCCCAGCGGCUGCCUCAUCACAUGGAGCCCUUCAGAAACCAACCGCACCAAGGCCCCCAGGAUAGAGAGCCCCUCUUUAUGGGAGGCCCGGAACGCGCAGAUCCGACAAGCUUUCCAGGGCAGCUCGUGUUUGAUCACCCGGGCCCCAACCCGCUCAUGAACACCAACCUGCAUCAGCAGCAGCAAAUGCCCGCCCAGGGCCACAUGGGUUUCGGCCCACCAGGACCGGCCUUUGGCCAGCCGAGCCCACAGGGCGCACUAGGACUUUUCUCCAUAGACCCGCCAAGACCCAGUCUUCCCCCUCCCCAAGGCCACCAGGGGCUGGUCGGCUUGAAUCAACAAGGUCCUCCUCCCAACCAGACCAGGCCCUUCCUGAACCCUCGUCAGCCUUUCAAUCAGCAGGGGGGCCUUUUCCCUCCUCCCCAAGCUCAAUUUGGCAUCCAGGGCUUGAUACACGGGCCUCCUCAACCCCCAAUUCAGGACUCCCUCCCCUCGCACCAGCCCAUCCACCAACAGCACCAUCAGCAGCAGCCCCCCCACUUGCUGCACCACGGACAGAAUCUUUUCCAGCAACAGCUGCCGCAUGGCAGUCCGAGGCAGUCAGGCCCCCGCCUCCAAAACCUACAACAGCACAACAUGGCCAACAGGCAAAGGAUGAACACGCCUGCUCCCAAGCAAAUCCACCCUCAGCGCAACAGCAACUUACGGGAGCUCCCCAUAGCACCUGGCAAUGCAAGCAUCACCCCCCGCCCCGCCGCCUCACUUGGCGCCAACGUCAGGCCGGUUGUCAAGGCGACGCAGGGCGUGCGUCCCGUGCAGCCUGCUCAUGUGGUGCCCGGAGGUGGCAGAGGGAGAGGCCAGGUCGCUACCAAUGCCGCCCCACAGCCCAUGGCUGCAGGCAGGACGGUGGUUCGCAACGAAAUCCCGAGCAGCGCCGAACCGCAGGACCCGGAAGAGGACGAGGAGACCCGGCAGUACCGUCUGAAGAUCGAGGAGCAGAAGCGCCUCCGAGAAGAGAUCCUGAGGAGGAAGGAGCUGAGGCGGCAGUUGCAGGCCGGCGUCAGGAAAAAAGAGCUACUGGACAGGAUCAACACUUCGACACAAAGCCAACCCGUUGUACCUUCACCGCAACCCACGGCCCAGCAAAACCAGCAAGCGCCGCCCGCCCCGCAGCUUCUGCUGCUCCCGCCGCCACAACAACAGCCACUGGAACGACGGCAGCCUCUACAGCUGCAACAGCAGAGACAACGACCCCAGCAGCCAUUCAAUCAGUCGCCGGGUAAUCCCAAUGGCGUGGCUCAGGCGCAAACCCCACGCCCCAACGUCAAGUCACGCUUACAGAUGGGAAAGGGAAAUAGCCAGCAGCCACAGACUCUCAAGCCCGGUCCGGACCAGCAGUGGAGGCAGCCCCCACAAAGCCCUCUGCAGCAGCAGAGAAGGACAAGCGGGCUGCCGAACGUAAACAAACCCGGCGCUCCCAACCAGUUUGCUCAGAUCCCCCGAAAAAACAUUCCUGUGACUCCCGCGCUGGGGCCCGGCCAGCCCCAGGCUCAAGGACUUAAACCUGGGGCUAAAAGAACGGUGAUGCAGUGGGCCAAGCUCGCUGACGGCGAAGGCCAUCAGGUGCCGCAGAAAGUCAGAGUGGUCAAACUUUCCGGCGCGCCUGGAAAAGGCCCGGAGGCCACGGCUUUCCCAGUACAGCAGCAGCAGCAGCAGUCAACCGGCUGGCCAGACAACCCUCUCAGACAGGGCGUCCAAAGGAAGGUCACCGUGGGGGGCGGACAACAGCUGCACGGUGCGGGCAUGAUGCAACAGGUGGGCCGAGGGGGCAUCGGCAACCUGCAGCAAAACAGGGUCGUCGUGCCGGGCCGGGGAAGAGGGGGCAUCAUUCACGUGGGUCGAGGAGGUCCAAUGGGCGCCCGGCAAGGCCUGAGGGUCGGUGAGAAUCAACGGCGCACCGUCACCAUUGAGGGCCUCUCGUCGUCCACCACUGACGUGCAGCUGCAGAGCCUUUUAAGAUCCAUUGGCCCGAUAGAGAUGUUCAGAAUGAUACCUCAGCAAAGGAAAGCAAUCGCCACCUUUUCAAGUCCCCAACAUGCCGCAAGUUUUCAAAUGAGCUUCCAUAGGCACAUGAUUGAUUUGUCCCAUAUCGAUGUGAAGCUGAUUGACGGAUGAGGGGAAGCGCCUAUCAUACUCAAGGAGCUCCACUGUUCUACCCCCAAACCCCUCCCGAUGUGCCCGCCCCCCCCUCACCCCUUAACCUCAUCGUACGACGCGUUGCCUCUGCCAUGUCGGCGGUCAGUCAGCCAUCAUGUCUGCAGGCAGGUGUCGUCCUUGGAACUUGGACCGGUCUGACACUACAUUAGCAUGCGUGAUUACCGAUGUCCGUCAGAGAAAAAUGACACUGGAGACGCAAUUCGGUUUUGUACAGCACAUGUGGACAUUAAGACACAGGGGUAAUGGUUGCUCCCGUGCGCCUGAACAUGACAUCAUCGCACGAAAUUUGCAUUGACGAAACAAACUCAGUCAUGCCGCUCCGGCGGAGGUUGUAGUAGUCCGUGCUUCGCUCUAGGUGGCGGCAUCGCAUCACUUAUUUUGAAGCGGCUGGCUCAAAGUCAGCGUUUCUGGAGUAAAUGACUCAUGAAAUAGUAAUUGUCUCUCUGACCAGCACGUGGCGCUGUUCAGUUCACCAAGAGCUUCUUUUAACUGACUUUCCACACAGAUAUAAUAGCUUGGGUCAUUAUGUCUUUUAGUUAUAGAGAACGGAACCAUCGGGACUUGCUUUUUUUUUUUGUUAAUUGGCGGUUGUGCAUGGUUGGUUUGUGGUUGGUGUUUCUUUUUUUUGUUUGUUUGUUUGGUUUUAUCAUUUUUAGGAUUGAUAUAAGCAUAUGGGAUGUUGGAUAUUUCUCUUUGUAUGCAUUGGCUUCCUCCUCUCAUAAGUUGAAUCAUCAAUGAAAGCAUCCCGACAGUUCGUUGACUUAACAGAGGAUCGUGAAGCGCAGAGUAGCCUUAACUUGAGGAGGGGUGGGUGGGGGGUGUUCAUAAGAAGUU